UUGAUCUCCAACUGGCCGGAGAGAUCGCUGGAUUUCAGUGAGAUCCUGGGAUCUCAGCCCAGACAGAUCACAGUUAUUUAUUAUUGACGUUAUGAUGUUUGUUUUUCUUCAGAGAGGCCCUGCUGAGAUCGCACCACCUGUGUAUCCGAGACUUGAUCUCCAACUGGCCAGAGAGAUCGCUGGAUUUCAGCAAGAUCCUGGGAUCUCAGCACAGGCAUCGUGUACAGGACCUGCUGAACUGGGAGUCUGGGCGGGCCAAAAUCAUCGCUCACAGCUUACUCAACUGUCAAAGUGGGGUGCUGCAAGUGGUGGAUUUGAGAGAAGCUCUGCCUAAUCGAGAGGCGACGGUCAGCUUUGUGGAGGUGUCCUUACAGUCCCACAGACAGCAGCGUACAAAAGAUCUUCAUGUAUACCUGAACAUGUGGAUAGACUGCCAUCUGAAGGAGGGAGGGAAGAUAGUGAAGUCGCUGUCACCCCAGGGGAGGGGAAUAAAGCUCCACCCCUGUAGGGUCGUCAGCGUGUUCCUGGGUAGUAUCCUGGAGAGACUGGGGAGAAGACUGGAGCCACAGGUCCUGACUGGGCUGGAGUUGAAGUCAGACACGCUCGAAUCAGCUGACACGUUUGCUGCCCUUCUCAAAGACGGAAAGUUCCCAAACCUCUCAGCGCUCAGCCUCCCCAACUUUGCUACAAGGCUGGGCCAUGAAGACUUCCAGGUGCUGGGAGAAGUCCUGUCACACCUGCCAGCACUACGUAGGUUGAACCUGAAUGGCCUGCGGAUGACGGGGCAGCUGCGGCAGGUGCUGCAAGACAUGCCUGGACACCUGGAGCACCUGAACGUCUCCAACUGCAGACUCAGUCCGCCGGACCUUGUGUUCCUAUCCAACUCUCGCCACGCUAAAUCCUUGCGAGAACUCAGCAUUUCCGGUAUGACUGACUUCGACGCCAUGUGCCUUUUGCUAAGAAGUGUGGCCCUACAACUUGAGUGGCUGGACAUGAGCAGUUGUCUGAGGUGCUUCUCAGAAGACUAUUCCGCCAGAAUGACCAGACUAGUACAGCAAUGUUCGUUCUCAAAACUCCGCACCCUCGAUUUCAGAAUGAAUUUCUUCGGGGGAGAACCCGCCUACUCUGUUUUUGAGGUUUUUGGAGCGUGUGAUAAGAUACGUACUCUAAGAACGCUGUAUCUCGACUCUCUGUAUCAUGUGUAUGCAGAAUGGGAAGAGGAACAAGCUAAUGAAAUGAUGUGUAGCAGAGACAGACCCAUGAAUGUGCAAGUUCGUUUGGAUCCAGACAGGGAUGAAUUCUACUUCAAAGUUUGUUGGACGGAUACAGACACGUAGGCUUGUUCUAGGUAUUGUUGUUUGAAGUUGCACUCAGAAUUCAUUUAUUGAAACUCCCAUGUUGACAAGUCAUGUACAUAU